UCAUGAGGGAAGUGUAUGACUACUCACCACCUGCCGAAAAUCAGCAAAUAGUGAAAAUAACGGCAAGCAAAGGGAACAAUCUACACGAAAUAGAGACCGCAGAUAAAACCAGAUUUCUUGUGUCCAUGCCAAUGAGAUACCGCCAAUACAUGUGGGUUAAACGUGGUAGUUUCGUCAUAAUACAACCUAUUCACGAAGGUGUUAAAGUCAAAGGUGAAAUUGUUAGAGUUUUGAUCCCCCAACAAAUAAAGAAUUUCAAGGAAGACAAAAUAUGGCCUGCUGCGUUCUAUGACAAACAAGAAUUGGAGGAGAGUGAUGAUGAUAAUGACGAUGAUAUCCCAAUGAAUACUAACAGAGUACAAGCAAUGAUCGAAAUCUCCAGUGGCAAUGAUUCUAGUGAAGAUGAUCCCAGUGACAGUGAUCAAAGCGACGAUGAUAGUGUUGGUGAAACGUAAUCACUUUGGCAAUUAGUAUUUUGAAUUGUAAAAAUGUAA